AUGGAGAGGCCCUUGGAGGCUUUGGAAACUUCCAGACGGAGGCGCGCUUUGGUGGCUUGUAUUCCGUGCAGGGAGCGCAAGCGAAAAUGCGAUGGACAGGAUCCCUGCUGCACUUGCAUCUCAUGGGGAUAUGAAUGUAACUACCUCGCUCGUCGCCGUCGUCGAUCCCGAAAAGUUAGAGCCACGACGCCGGAUACUCAAGUGGACCUUCAUCGUACUUCUGUACAGAAGAAUCCCGUCCUUCAGACUGUCCAGACAUCGAAACCCACUGACACAGAUCGCAUCGAGCUUGUUCGACGCCUCGAAGCCAACUCAGGGGCCGCAUUUGUCAGGAAGCUGGGCCUCAAAAUCGAUCCGGCUAGAGCACCUAAGCUCAACUUAUUUAGCUGGAACAUUGGCGCCAGAGCAUGUGCAUCUCCAAUGCCAUCUGUCUUGACGGUGCCGAUCGUAGAGAUCAUGACGCUCGAAGACAUGCAGGCUAAAGCUCAGAUCUACUUCGACAAAGUGCACCCGUGUUAUGGAUUCAUGGAUCCACAAGUGUUCUUCGAGCGGCUUGCUCUUCGUUGGAACCGCUUAGAAUUAUGGAACAUCUUCGACAGUACCAUCGCGGGUGUGGUGGCUAUUGGUUGUUUCUUCUCCAACCAGCAAGCGACUAUUCCUGAGCUGCAUCUUGUGCGGACAGCGCGCCACAUCUUGGAGAUGCAAAAUCUCGCGGGUCCUCCCUCGAUUGACCUCUUGACAGGCUGGACUCUACGUUCAAUUUACCUGCGUAUGACAGACACACCGCACUCAACAUGGAUCGCAAGCUCCACUUUGAUGCACCUCAUAGAAGCAGCAGGGCUCCAUCCAGAGCCUCAAUCGGUCUUGCCAGCUCGAGUGCAAGGCAACACAGAUAUCCAGAGGCGGAUCGUUGGUAUGGCGCACCACUUGAACGUAUGGACUUCCUACGAUCUUGGCCUGUCUCGAGUCUCCUUUCAGAACAAUGAGCUGCCUACACUUCCAUCCCCUAGGCAGGGUGACUUGACCAUUGAGCUUCUUCGGCUUUUGCCCGUGUCUCUCAGCCUUGAUCCGAGCAAGACCAAGAACGAAACAGACUUGACCUCUGCUCUUUCAGAUUUGUUGCGAAGCGAUCACACUCAGCCUCCGUCAGUCAUGGCGCAGUGCAAUCUGGUUCUUUGCAUCCUCCGGCGUCUUCAUACCCAGAACUUGAACAUCUCACCCGAUGCUGCAGCAGAGGUACUGAGCCUUUUAAAAUUAGGAUUGCAGAGUGCUCGGAGCAUGGUUGCCAGCUUUUCACCGUGGCACCAUGCUGCAAACGUGCCAUUUCACAUCAUCUGUGUUCUUCUCGUCAUGGACACACGUCCAUCCCUAGCCAUGCUUCCGGAGGCGAUGGAGACCGUGAAAAUGGUUGCCAAUACUUGGGAUACUGAGACGAUGAGGGAAGCUUACAACACCGCCUGUUUACUUGUCAUGCUGCAUCAACAACGCCGAAAAGACGAUCUGGCGAUCUUUAGCGAGACCCUCUUAGAACGUCGAAAUGACGGUUCUCUUGGUUCUACCCCGUACAUUGACCCCAGCUCAGAAGAGUACUCCUGGCUAGGUGCAUUAGUCGCUGACCUGCCAGGUCUUCAGAGGGUGGAUCUCGAUCAAUUCCUUGGCGCAAAUAUACAGAGCUCAUCCUUCUUUGGUAUUUCUGACUGA